AUGAUUCCAUCUAACCUGUUCAACCAAACCACUCCCUUUCCUGGUACAAUUCCUUCUUCCGAUCAUCAUGGCUAUUCUCCUUCCUUCUUUCAACCUUCACCUCCUUCUCUACUAGAUCAACCACAAAAUUGUAAAAGAAAACGUGACGCUUAUGAGUCAUCCUCACCUUCUCAUUACUAUUCAUCAUACAAUACUCAUGAAGACUAUGAUGUUCUGUCAAACUCGGAUAGUGAUUAUGCUGACGAUGAUGAAGAAUUAUCAUCAUCAGCAAAUACAAAAACAAUAACACCAUUAUCGGAAACUAAAUUGGAGCAUCCAGAUCGGAAACGAGUGAAAGGCUUCAAUAACCAAACUUCCAACUCUUCUGCCCAUCAUCACUUCAACAACGGAGACCCUUCAAACAAGUACCUCUUUACUCCUCCUCCCCAAACACUCUUUUAUAAUCAAAUCUCACCCAAUGAGAGUGGGGCCCUUGCUCAGUUCAACUCCAUGAAUAUUGAUGAUGAAAUGGGUGAUGAAGGGGCUGCAACGUCGUUCGUUAACGAAGGGCAAGACGAAAGCAUUCUUUCAGAAGCUAUUGACUUCUCAAAUCCUUAUGUUGUUCAGCAAUUCGAAUACAAACGAAGACAAAUGUACAAUCACAAGCUUAGACAAGCUCAAGAAGAGAAACUUCGAGAAAGAGAGCUUAUUUCUGCUCUCCAAAAAGGUGAAACAAACUUUAAACUUAAUCCCGUGCUGAAAUCACUCCAUGACCAACGUCAAUAUAACAGAUCACCAAGAAUAAAUACCUCUAGCCCGUUCUACUGA